GCCAGGACGCGCGUUGAUGUUCGCGAACACGACCGAUUGAAAAAAUACCCACAAUGCAAAGCUGCUUAUCACAUUGAGGUAAUCACUCUGUGAACGAGUGUCAAAUUCAAGUAUGGCGCUUCAUAAACUAUUCCGUGUGUCCUCGCUGUUCCGCUCCGCGGUGUCAUUGACACUGCGCAGGAAUAUCGGCCUGUCUGCUGUUCUCUUCAACCGGGCCACGGAUUUGGACCCUAUCCAGAAACUAUUCCUAGAUAAGAUCCGCGACUACAGCACCAAGAGCAAGGCUGUAGCAGGUGGGAUUGUUGAUGCAGGCCCCUCUUACGAAAAGGGUGUCUCAGAGGAGAUCACCAAACUGCAGAGGUUAUACGGGACCGGUGACCUCACCAAAUUCCCUGACUUCAAAUUUACAGAGCCCCAGCUGCAGGAAGUGGCCAAGUGAACACUAUCUCUGUCCUACAUGUCACCACUAUAAUGUACUAUUUAAUAAAUGUGAGAACAUUGUUUUCUUAUGCUAAAUCA